CCUUCUCCAGCAUAUAAAGCAAAUCCCACUAUCAUAACAUUCCUUUUCUUUCUCUAUUAAACCUACUUUCUCUUUCCAUCCGUCCCAAGUUUAGUAUAGCAUCCCCCUCAUACUUCCACGCUAAGAAAUUUAGCACCAAAACUCUCAUUCUUUUGCCUCUACAUAUUCGCCAAUAAACCCUUCAUCGGAGGGAAACACGCGGAUCCAAUUUAGACACCAAAAAGAAAAACGCCAGACGCCAUCCUUAAGCUGCUGGCUUCCCCAGCAAAAAAUAAACAACAACAACAAGAAGAAGACGAAGAAGAAGAAUCAGAGAGAGACUUGUAGAUAAAUGAGUACAGAUUGGGGACCAGUUGUGGUUGCGGUGGCGAUGUUCAUCCUCUUGUCGCCUGGGUUGCUCUUCCAGCUGCCUGCAAGAACGAGGAUUAUGGAGUUUGGGAACAUGUACACUAGUGGGAUUUCCAUUCUGGUUCAUGCUGUCCUGUAUUUCUGUAUAUACACCAUCUUGAUUGUGGCAAUUGGUGUUCACAUAAGAGCUGGUUGAUCACCAACAUUCCCACCUCCACGUACGGAAAAUUAUUACUCGAUCGAGACUUCUUCUUUAACUUUUUUCUUGUAGUAGACUAGUAUUUCUUUUUUCCCCAUAGCAAUAGCAUGCAUGAUCAAUAAUUUCUCUUUCCAUCACUUUCUGGUCACCACCCUUUCUCUUUAUGGAAGUGCUCGCUCCCGUAUGUGUGUACGUAUCGAAUCCCAGGAGUUCAAAAUGCCGUGUUUGAUUUUAUUCGCCCAGAUUAUACUUU